CCUUGCGAGUCGGCCGUGCGGAACCCGAGCGAUGAAGUGCGUGUUCGUUACCGUGGGGACCACCAGCUUUGACGACCUCAUAGCGUGCGUCUCGGCGCGCGAGAGUCUGCAGAUAUUCAAGAGCUUAGGCUACCACCGACUUAUCCUCCAGAUUGGCAGAGGAACGGUGGUGCCGGAGCCAUUCAGUACCGAGUCCUUUACUCUAGAUGUUUACAGAUACAAGGAUUCCUUGAAAGAAGACCUCGAGAAAGCAGACCUUGUUAUUAGUCACGCAGGUGCAGGAAGCUGUUUGGAGACCUUGGAAAAAAGAAAGCCACUUGUAGUAGUUAUAAAUGAGAAGUUGAUGAAUAAUCACCAGCUAGAACUGGCAAAGCAGCUACACAAAGAGGGGCAUCUUUUCUACUGUACCUGCAGGGUCUCCACCUGUCCUGGGCAAGCCAGUUCUUUGCUUCUGCUCUGGAAGUGGCAAGAUUCUGCAGUGCUGACUUCAACUGCCUUCUCAUGCCUUGACGUGGGGCUGUUUUUCAGAUACCUGCAUAAACCAGCCCUUGUCACUCCUAUUUAUUCUUCCCUGCAUUCUGCUACUUCUCUUUUGCCACACUUCUGUUCCUUCUGCCCUCUACGACCCUGCAAAAUGAAUAAAGGAUGGAAAAAGUACUGCGGCCAGAAGUCUCUGAGUGAGACAUCAAUGGAUGAAUAUUUAGGCAGCUUAGGGCUGUUUCGAAAGCUGACUGCCAAGGAUGCCUCCUGUCUCUUUCGGGCUAUUUCGGAGCAGUUGUUUUGCAGCCAGGUUCAUCAUUUGGAAAUCAGAAAGGCUUGUGUUUCGUAUAUGAAAGAAAAUCAGCAAGCUUUUGAAUCUUAUGUGGAGGGAUCUUUUGAGAAAUACCUGGAACGGUUGGGAGAUCCCAAGGAAAGUGCUGGCCAGCUGGAAAUAAAGGCACUGUCUCUAAUUUACAAUCGGGAUUUCAUUCUUUAUCGUUAUCCUGGAAAACCUCCAACUUAUGUCACAGAUAAUGGUUAUGAAGACAAGAUUCUGCUAUGCUCUUCCAGUAGUGGUCAUUAUGACUCUGUGUAUUCAAAACAGUUUCAGUCAAGUGCAGCUGUUUGUCAGGCUGUUUUAUAUGAAAUUCUCUAUAAAGAUGUGUUUGUUGUGGAUGAAGAAGUGUUGAAAACUGCAGUUGAAUUGUUUCGAAGUAAUUCCAGGAAGAACAGAAACAGUGCUCUGACUGCCAAUGAUGAUGCUCAUCUCGAUUACAAGAAUUCAUCCCCGGAUAGGCCUGAAGAGUGGGGUGCCUGCUGUAAUGUUGAAAGUAAACCAGAGGGGUGCAAUCAAGGGACAGAAGAAUCAAAGUCUCCAGAAAAUCCAUCCAAGAUGCUCUUCCCCUAUAAGGUACUCAAAGCCCUGGAUCCAGAAAUCUAUCGUAAUGUAGAAUUUGAUGUUUGGUUGGACAGCAGAAAAGAACUUCAAAAAUCUGAUUACAUGGAGUAUGCUGGAAGGCAGUACUAUUUGGGAGACAAGUGUCAGGUUCGCUUGGAAUCUGGUGGAAAAUAUUAUAAUGCUCAUAUUCAGGAAGUUGGAAAUGAGAACAAUUCUGUAACAGUCUUCAUUGAAGAACUGGCAGAAAAGCAUGUUGUUCCACUGGCUAACCUAAAACCAGUUACCCAAGUGACACCCAUUCCUGCCUGGAAUGCUGUAACCAGUCGGAAAGGAAGAGGUUACCAGAAAAUGUCUGGGGGCUAUGUUCCAGAAAUGGCUAUGUUAGACAUGGACAUGAAGCAACGGAAGAAGAUAUUCAAGAAAGUUCGAGGAAAAGAGGUUUAUAUGACAAUGGCUUAUAGCAGGGGAGACGCCCUCCUCCCACCCAGGCUUCAGCAUGGCAUGCAUUAUGGGCAUGAGCAUCCAGUGCACUACUCACAGACAGCAGCGAAUGUCCUGCCUAAUGAACACUUCCAUCCUCAGUACUCAACUCAGAGACAAGGUCGGGGAUAUGGGAUGCCUAGGGAUUCAUCCCACUUUAUAAACAGGCAAAGCAUGGCAGGCCCUAAAGUUGGUUUUUACUCUGGCCCAGGUAAAAGGUGCUGCCAAAACUAUGAUAAUUUCUCCUAUAGAUCUCGCUCCUUUAGACAUAGUCACCGCCAGAUGCAUUGUAUGAAUAAGGACUGUCAGUAUGGCUUUGUCCCAGAAAAUGGACAGAUACCUAGGAGCUUGGAAGAAACGGUUACUUUUUAUGAAGUUGAAGAAGGGGAUGACACUGCUUAUCCAACUUUACCUAAUCAUGGAGGACCCACUGCAAUGGUGCCUGCUACUUCAGGAUACUGUGUUUCGAGGCGAGGACAUACUGCAGGAAAACAGACCUUGAAUUCAGAAGAGAGCAAUGGCCAGGGUGACAGUGGGGAUUAUCAUGAAGAAUAUCUUUAUCCUUCAGAACCAGACUAUGAAACUUCAGGUGUUUACAGCACAACUGCAUCUACAGCAAACUUGUCUCUUCAGGACAGAAGACCAUGUUCUGUGCCUCAGGAUGUAGUUACUUCAUACAGCUACCCCCAGAAGGUGAUGGGAAGUUCUCCGGUACUUGCAGCUUCCUGUGCCAAUAAUGUUCCACCUCCAGUCUUACCUAACUGUACGGCAGCUGAUCAAACUACCAGUUCCGCUUCAAUUUCCACACAGAAUACUCUACCUCCUCUAUGUAUGUCUACACCCGCACGAGGUAUACCAGUUAUUGUUUCACAGUCCUAUCCAUACCACUCUCCUAUUUCUCCUGCUACUGCUGCCUCUGUACCAGUAGCACCACCACCACCUCCUCCAAUUCCUCCUCUCGAGCUGGGAGAGGCUUCAACCUUAGCACCACCACCACCACCUCCACCUUAUUCCUGUGAUCCAAGUGGCAGUGACCUGCCUCAAGAUACAAAAGUUCUACAGUACUAUUUCAAUCUUGGCUUGCAGUGCUAUCACCACAACUACUGGCACACCAUGGUCUAUAUGCCACACAUGCAGCAGCUACCUGUAGAGAAUUACCCAGUGUAUCCUGAACCACCUCCGCUAAUUGACCAGAGUGCUCCUCACACAUACAGUGAAGUAGGGAGAGCAGAUGGCACACAGGCAGAAGCAUCAGCAAACGAUACUUUCUCAAAUGGUGAGCCUGUAUUGAUCCCUCAUGGAGCAGUCUAUUAUACAAUAAUGUCAGAUCCCUAUGGACAACCACCUUUGCCAGGUUAUGAUGCCUGCUUUCCUGUUGUGCCAGAUUACCCCUGUGUUAGCCCAUGGCAUCCAGUUGGUACAGCAUAUGUCGGUUCUCCUCCAGUUCAUGGUGCUACAAAUCCUGGGCCAGGUGGCUAUAUUGCUUCACCUUCCUCACCUCAUUAUGUACCUCAGAAUAUGUAAGAUCCAACAGUAUGAUGUAUUCUUGAACUGCCAUUUCUUGCUGUUUUUGUUUUUUUAAAGUCUUUAAUGUUAGUGUAUCAAUGAUUACAUGGGUAGAAUGGUUUCUGUUGUAUCUGUGUUCAAAAUUUUUUCGUUUAAAAUAGUAGUUUAAGUAAUAGUAUUUUGGGUUGCGAAUGAAGAAAUUGAGACAACAGAAUAACGAGCCUCAUAUUGAGCAAUUCAUUUCAUUCAGCUGCUUUCCUGUCAGCUGGUUUGUUGACUUUAAGUUAGAUGAUGGCUAGUAAGAGAAGUAAAUCACACAGGUUGUUUCCUUGGUUUAGAGGUCAUUCAUAUUAAUCCAUGUGAAGUUGGAAUAACUUUCACUUUUCUCUACAAAAGGUAACAAGAAAACCAGUAGCUCUUGCUUCUGGAUAGCUCAAUAUUAAAUGAAAGUGCUCUUCAGGUUUCUUAAGACUUGUUUGGACUCAACUGUGUUCUGUGACAAUCAGCUUUAAAGGCACUUGGUGCUCUGCUUUGGAUUUAUCUCGUAUGCUAUUGUUUAAUACUG